CUUACAAACAUCGGCGCACAUGCCCAGAACAAGCCAAGCACUUCAACGAGACAAGACCAACUUUUCUGCAAGCCUAAAACGGAUUCCCGAGUUCCGGGAGGCGUGGGAAGGCAGCGGAGUCAUAAAAGCUGAGCGUUUCUGCAGUCCCGAGUCUGAGAAUUGGCUGAAUAAGCUUCCUAUUCCUGGAUGGCUGGGGAGAGAAUGAGAGAGCGCGAGGUGAAAAGUGAUUGAAGAGAAACAUUCAGAGCCUGUUCAAGAAAACAAGCAUGUAGGCUAUAUCCAGUUUAUUUUGAAGACUGACUUUGCUAUUUGGUGCAUUAAGCAUGAAUUAUUCACGAUUCAUUACUGCUGUAAGUGCAGCAAGAAAGGCAUCUCCAAUAAGAGUCCUCACCGAAUUGAUGCAGCAGUCUCCCCCAUCAUUAAUUUCUCUGGCUGGAGGAGCACCAAAUUCCAACACGUUUCCUUUCAAAUCCGCUACCAUUAUCAUUAAAGAUGAAACAAGAGUUGAAAUCAAGGAAGAGCUGAUGAAGAGAGCUCUCCAGUAUUCUGCUUCAGCAGGCAUUCCAGAACUGUUGUCCUGGUUGAAAGAUUUGCAGAAGACUGUCCAUAACCCUCCAACGAUUGACUACAGUCCUCAGGAAGGACAAAUGGAAAUGUGUAUCACUACUGGAAGCCAGGAAGGGCUAUGUAAAGUGUUUGAAAUGCUUAUUAAUCAUGGAGAUAACAUUCUUUUGGAUGCCCCCACUUAUCCUGGGACAUUAGCUGCUCUUAGACCGCUGGGUUGUAACAUCAUAAAUGUGCCCAGUGACCAGCAUGGUAUGAUUCCAAAAGCUUUGAAAGAAAUUCUUUCCAGGUGGGAUCCAGAGAAUGUUAAAAAGCUCAAGAAUGACGCCCCAAAAUUUCUAUAUACAAUUCCUAAUGGUGGCAAUCCAACAGGAGCAUCAUUGACAACAGAACGCAAGAAAGAGAUCUAUCAGCUUGCAAGACGGUAUGAUUUCCUUAUAAUAGAAGAUGAUCCAUAUUAUUUCCUUCAAUUUAACAAGCCUUGGGCACCAACUUUUCUUUCAAUGGACAUUGAUGGGCGAGUUAUCAGGACUGACUCCUUUUCUAAGAUCCUGUCAUCUGGGCUGCGAAUUGGAUUUCUAACUGGUCCCAAGCCAUUAAUUGAUAGAAUUAUUCUACAUAUACAGGUUUCCACAAUGCACACCAGUACCUUCACCCAGCUUAUGAUAGCCCAGCUUCUUCAGCAAUGGGGACUAAAGGGUUUCCUGGACCACGUAGACAGUGUGGUGGAUUUUUAUAAACAACAGCGAGAUGUGAUGCUUAAUGCAGCAGACAAAUGGCUAAAAGGUCUGGCAGACUGGCAUAUCCCUACUGCUGGAAUGUUUCUAUGGAUUAAGAUUAAGGGAAUUCCUGAUACCCAAGAACUGAUCAUGAAAAAGGCUUUGGAGAAACAAGUGUUGCUGGUCCCUGGAUGUUCAUUUAACAUUAAUAGUUCUGAUCCCAGUUCUCAUGUCAGAGCCUCCUUCUCUCUCUCUUCUCCAAGUCAGAUUGAUCAGGGUUUCCAAAGAUUGGCUGACCUCAUUAAAGAAGCUGCAUGAUUUUAUUAAAUUAAAAAUCUUUAAGAAGAUAGAGGAUUUCAAGAUAAAACAUUUUUUAAAAAAAAUGUUUCUCCAGCUGUAAAUAAUAUACAAUGAUACAGAAUAUAUAUGAUAAAUAAUUUUUAUGCACUUUUAAAAUGUACAUUAACAUCUCAAAACAUUGUAUGAAUACGUACAAAACUUACCUAUUACAUUAGAUUGUUACAAAACUUUAAAAAGGGUGAAAUCACCGAAGUUUUUAAAACUUUUCAGAUUUCAUAGGAAUGUUCUUGUUUUGUGCUUUUCUGUGUGUGCAUGAUAUUAAAACAUACAACUGGAGUGACACUUAGAUUACAAUGCUAUGCUCACGACCUCCACACACAUGGACAUUGCUGCUCCAAAGCAACACACACAUACACAAAAGAGGGAGGGAUUUUGGUGUCAGCUGCCAUUCCUCCCCGAUGGGCCGGGGGGAAAAGACUGGGGCUAUGGGGAGUUUGCUGCCUCCCCGCUUGCCCCGGCGGCUCCCCCAUUCUUCACCGCCACUUCGAGGCAGCUAUGGUGCGCGAUGGACCCCCAUUCCAGGGGGAAUCUCGGCGCUGGCCAUGCCUCAAAGCCAGAGACAGCCACAAGAAACAGGCAGGAGGGGAAGCACAACUCUUUGGAAAGGAUAUUGAAGCCGGGUGAGUGAUCAUCAGCUCACCGGGAGGCUUGGAAAGUAAAUUUGCCAAAAGUAGGCUAAGGAGAAAUAUGAAUAGCAGCUAAUUGAAGCAGGAAAAGAAAGUGGAAGGAAUCAAUUAACGAGAGUCUGGAAUCUAUCUCAAGGAUUUUAAUUAAACUUGGAGAUUUUUAAAAAAAAAAUUAAUUAAAUACUUUAACUGCAACUGAUUUUGGAUAAUUUUAAAAGUUUUUAUUGGCUAUUUUAACAAAUGUAAUUGAGUGGGGGGGCAAAAGGAAAAAGAAAGGGGAAUAUAGAUUGGAUUAAGAUUUUAAAAGGGACUUUUAAUUGACUUCACUUCAACCCCAAUACAUUUGAUAAAUUUUGGCUACAGAGGAUUACAGUAACUAUAAGAAACUGAAACAAAUUUAGACAAAGGACUUUGGGCUUUAAAAUGGAAAGAAACAAAUUGAGACAAAAGAUUCUGGCUUUAAAAUGGAAAGAAAAAGAAAAGGGAAAAACAGAUUUGAACAGGAUUUUAAAAAUGGAUUUUAACUGACUUUGUCUUCGCCCCUCUAUUCUUUAUAAAAUUUUGAACAAAAAGGAUUAUAAGAAUUCAAAAUAAAUCGUAACAAAGGACUGUGGCUUCAAAAUUGAGAUUUUGCUAAUUCUGGAUUACAAAUACAGUAUAAAGGUUGACAUCUAAAUGCAGAAGAAAGAAAGCAGAAUAAAAGAUUUGACCUUAAAAGGGAUUGUUAACUCUGAACUGUAACUGCUGUGUAAAGACUGACAUCUAAAGGCAGAAGAAGAAAUGCAGAAGCAACAAAACUGAAAUAAAGUGACAUGAUAACCGUGGAUUGUAAUUGCAACAUAAAGACUGAUACUUAAAAAAAUUGAUAUAAAUUGAAAUAAAGUGCCGCAGGGGACGAUUCUUUCGCCUCUCCUGUUCAACAUCUAUAUGAAGCCACUGGGCAAGAUCAUCAAUGGCUUUGGGGUGAGGUACCAACUGUACGCUGACGAUAUGCAGCUGUACUUUUCCACCCCAGGCCACCCCAACGAAGCCGUCAAAGUGCUGUCCCCGUAUCUGGAAGCUGUACGGGUCUGGAUGGGGAGAAACAGGCUCAAACUCAAUCCCUCCAAGACG